ACACACGGAGCGCUCUUCUGGAAAAGUUCACUCUGUUGACACCGACGCUCUCCGCGAUUGUGCCUUCCCUCGUUGAACCUGUGGACGGUUCCCGUGUUUGGGCUGCGACCGUGUCACCGCGGGACGCGCCGUGAGUGUUUCACAAGGAUCCGGCUCGUGCGAUGGGGCAAGUGAGCGACACUCGGAGAACCAGCGAGGCGCGUGGAUCUGCAGCGCGGAGCGGAGCCUUCUCUCGCUGCAGCGCCGCGUAAAAACAAUGGAAAUCUCUCAGUGACUUCCCCACCAAGCCGUCGCGAUGCGUGGACUUCCACUCGGAUCGAAGCAGAGGUGGCGCAACAGCACCUAACUGCUGUGUUUUCUCUCGUUCGAGUCAGCGGUCAGAUGGUACAGUAAGAGGAUCAGUGGGAGCCACGAAGACGGAAUCUGCUCGAUCAUCACGCCGAGUGACACCAUGUGGAGCCCGGGGACGUGGAUGUGGCGAGCCGCGGUUUGCUGCACGCUUCUGCAGCUGUGUCUGCGGACGGCGGCGGGUCUCAAUAUUUGCAUGAGUGGCAGCGCGACCUCCUGUGAGGACUGCCUCCUCAUCCACCCCAGUUGUGCCUGGUGCGCACAGGAGGAUUUCGGGAAACGACGGACUCUGGAGUCGCGGUGCGAUUUCAGUCAGAACCUUCACAAGAGAGGCUGCGAGGAGCGGUUCAUCGAGUACCCCACGAGCAAAAUGUCAUUACUGGUCAACCGGGCCCUGAGUUCUAAAGGAUCCGGGUCGACGCAGGGGGACGUGGUUCAGAUCAUGCCGCAGAGGAUCUCGCUCAGUCUGCGACCAGGAGACCAGACCUGGUUUGGGCUGCAGGUGCGGCAGGUGGAGGACUACCCGGUGGAUCUCUACUACCUGAUGGACCUCUCUCUUUCCAUGAAAGAUGAUUUGGAUACGAUUCGUAAUCUUGGCACGAAGCUGGCCCAGGAGAUGGGCCAGCUCACCAGCAACUUCAGACUGGGCUUUGGAACCUUUGUGGACAAAAACAUGUCCCCAUUUUCCUACACCUCCCCGAAGUACCAGGAGAAUCCGUGCAAUGGCUACAAACAUUUCCCCAACUGCGUCCCCACCUUUGGCUUCCGCCACAUCCUCCCGCUGACGGACAAAGUGGACAGCUUCAACCAGGAGGUGCAGAAGCAAAUGGUGUCUCGCAACCGGGACGCGCCGGAGGGAGGCUUCGACGCCAUCCUGCAGGCCGCCGUUUGCAAGAAAGCGAUCGGCUGGAGGAAGGAGGCGUACCAUCUGCUGGUGUUUGCCACGGAUGACGUCCCUCACCUGGCUCUGGACGGCAGGCUGGGUGGGAUCGUCCAGCCUCACGACGGGAACUGUCACCUCAACGAGAAGAACGAGUACAGCGCUUCCACCACCAUGGACUAUCCCUCCUUGGCUCUUCUCGGAGAGAAGCUGGCAGAAAACAACAUUUUUCUCAUUUUCGCCGUGACGAAGCGUCUGUAUAUUAUUUACAAGAACUUCACCGCCCUCAUCCCGGGAACUACGGUGGAAAUCCUGGACCAGGACUCUAAGAACGUCAUUCAGCUGAUUGUUGCAGCCUAUAAUAAUAUCCGGUCCAAAGUGGAGCUGACCGUGUGGGACCACCCUGAGGACAUCAGUCUGUCCUUCACAGCCACUUGCCAGGACGGACAGACGCUUCCUGGCCUCAGGAAAUGUGCCGACCUGAAAAUCGGAGACACCGUAUCAUUUAACGUCAGUGUGGAGGCAAGGAGCUGCCCUCCCCGUGGCACCGACCAGAGCUUCACCAUCAAGCCAGUGGGGUUCAAAGACCGGCUGGAGGUCCACGUGGAAUACGAGUGCGACUGCGACUGUAGUCGGAAAGCUCAAGCUAACAGCAGCCUCUGCAGCUCCAUCGGUACUUAUCACUGCGGGACCUGCCAAUGUGAACCGGGCUACUUGGGCGCCCGGUGCGAGUGCCAGGAAGGGGAAGCCAGGAGCGUUUACCUUAGCGCCUGCCGCGAGGCCGAGGGCAAACAGAUAUGCAGCGGGCGAGGGGAGUGCAGCUGCAACCAGUGUGUCUGUUACGAGUCGGAAUUCGGGAAGAUCUACGGCGCCUUCUGUGAGUGCGACGACUUCUCCUGCGCCCGGCACAAAGGCAUCCUCUGCUCUGGUCAAGGCGAGUGUCACUGCGGCGAGUGCAAGUGCCAUGCCGGGUUCAUCGGCGACAACUGCAACUGCCCCACAGACACGUCCUCCUGCGUGUCAGAUGACGGGAAGAUGUGCAGCGGACGAGGAAAGUGCGUGUGCGGCCGCUGCCAAUGCACAGAACCCGGCGCUUUCGGAGACACUUGUGAGAAAUGCCCCACCUGCCCUGACGCCUGUGACACUAAAAGAGAAUGCAUCGAGUGCCGGCUUUUCAACUCGGGCCAAUUCGCAGACAACCGGACUUGCCAGUGCAAAGACGAAAUCAUUCCUGUGGAGACCCUCAACACCGACGAGCCCGGCGCUGUGCUUUGUCUCUACAAGACAGACAACGAUUGUGUGAUGAAGUUCACAUAUUCGGAGCACGCCAGUGGACAAUCGAUCCUCACAGCUCUCAUAGAGCCCGAGUGCAGCAGCGGUCCGGACGCCAUGAUGGUGCUGCUGGCCGUGGUGGGCAGCAUCCUGCUGGUGGGAGUCUUGCUGCUCGCCGCCUGGAAGCUGGCCAUCACCAUCCAUGACCGCAGAGAGUUUGCACGAUUCCAGAGCGCCCGAUCCAGAGCUCGAUACGAGAUGGCCUCCAACCCUCUGUACAAGCAAACUGGAUCCACAAGUUUCGGAGAGACGGAUUUCGACAUGUACGAUAAACCCUUCAACGGAGGGUUCCACUGAGGACCCCUGACACGUGGCGCCGCAGGACCGGUCCAACCAGGCGAUCCCCUGGAGGGCAGAGCUAACACGGGCACACUCGUCCCCAACACGCCAGGGGAACAGAAAGUGAGACUGUGGGAAAUAAAAAAAAAACUUCUGUUGCCUUUUGCAUCCAUGAGAAGAAAGUUGUCCUCCUCAAGAGACUCUUCUGGUGUGCGUGUGUGUGCACACGAUUCAGUCCGACACAAGGCAUCUGCUUAUCUUUGUAUAUUUUUAUAAAACACUAAAAUGUACGAGACAGGAAAACACUCCAGAAUAAUCUGAUAGAUUGAUGUUUCACAGGAUUGUCAAGAAGCACGUGCUGUUGAGGUACUAACGGUUACUAAGAGAAGACAGACUCACUCUCAGUUUGCACAGAGAAUAUUCACAUGUUGUGUCAGCGUUUUGUGUGUAUGUGUGUGUGUGUGUGUGUGUGUGUGUGUUGCCUCCCAGAGUUCUUUGUUCCUUCCGUUUCCAAAGCUGGAUCUGAUCGCUGCUCUGCUCUAUAAUUCAGUAUAAUAUUUGGCUUCUGGAAGUCCUCGGCUUCCGACACAUUAUAUCCACAAAAAUGAGGGCUAAAUAUUGAGUUUAUUUUUUCAUCAAUAUUUCUGAUAAAAUGUAGGCAACCUCUGUUUUUCCCUUCUGGCCCAGGUUAUUUCAUACACUUGAACAAGCAUGAAUUUUGGACUUUCAAACACUCACUUCACAUCCUGUGUGCUGCCAUCAGAGAAAAACAAAAAUGUGUAUGAUUAUGUUAAAUUUGCACAAACAAGCUGUAUCCUUAUUACCUCAUUCGUACAUGUGUUUAAACAAUAUAAUUUGGUUUUUCAUGUCAUAAAUAUAAUUUAUUUGUACUAUACAUUAUGUGACAUUGUUAAAACUAUAUAAGAUUUAUAUGACUGAUUCAAAUGCCUCAUGAAUUCCACACAACAUGAUGUAUUGCACAAAGAAGAUUAAUAUUAUUAUUGCAAGAAAAACAAACGUAUGAACAAAUUUUUAAUUUUCCCUGUUGAGUGCAUUUGAACGAAGAUGAUUAUAUUGCUUGAACAGGGUCCAAGUCCUUCCCAAACGGACGGAUUGAUGUACAAAGUCAGUGCUACUGUGUUGUCUCUACAGAAUAGUUUGAGACAUUCUAACCGAGUAAUUGCAUUGUACAACCAGUCCAGUCAUGUUGACCCUCUUCUGGUAAAAUUCCCCAUCAAGGCUCCAGCUAAAACCAUCUCCAUCAUCCUCCCUGGUCACAGCUGUCUUCUGCAUCUAACAGCAACAUUCUUGGUCCAUGUCCAAAAUGCAUUGCCUCCAUGAUUUGGUCUACAAACUUGAUGUCCCUCUGACAUUGUCAAAAUGGGUCCAUGAAGUUCCCUCUAACAAAUGAUGCUAGCAACAUUUGUACGUUAAAAAUAACAGCUAACUAUUCCAUUCUAAAGUUCUAUGUGAUCAGCUCAGAGCUUCCAUAGUUUGAUAUGUAGCUAAAAUGUUCUGACCACCAGCCAGUGAUAUUUGAAAUGCCAUCGUGGUCUUUCAUAUGAAGGUUCAAGUUGAUGAACUAACUUUUAUAACUUGAAGACAUUUUGCAAAUAUUUGUAACGUCUAUGGUACAGCUAUAUUAUUUGUGUAAAGAAAAGAAUGCAGAGUUUUCUAAAAUAUAAAUACAGUGAUUCAACAACAAGUCCCAGCAACAUUGUGUACAUGAGUGUGUGUGUGUGUGUGUGUUUGAGUGAUGCAGUUGUAAAUAUUCUAAGUGUGUACAUAUAGUGCCAAAUGAAAUUAAUUUUUUUCUUUUUGUAGGGUUGAUUAAAAAAUAUUUCCGUGCAGUAACUUUCCCACAUGGAUUUUCCAGACUCGUUUCACUUCAUGUUUGAGAAACAAUAAAUCUGCUCCAGUCGGA